UCGCUCUCUCAACUUAACAAAUUCUUUUGUCCCUGUUUGGUUGCCGAGAAAACUGUGUAAAAUGUCAAGAAGAUUUUCGGUCCCGUCUUUGUUUGUUAGUUAUGUUAUCAUCUGUAAAGACCUCACCCCGGCUAUGUCAAACCGGUGGCAAACAUAGCUUACCUUUUAGUUCCUUCUCCCUUUUUUGUUUUCGCUUCUUGCUCCUAAAUUGCGGACUAACCUUCAAAACUGUGCAGAUGAGCUUUGUUAUAAACCACUCCGGUAGCUAUGGUACCAACUCUUGCGGAGUUUCAAGCUGCAAGCUUGCCAGCAAAAGCAGCAUUCAUGGUAAAAGCAGAUAUAUGGUGCCAAUCAAGAUGCUUAAGAGAGCUCCUGGGGUUGAGAGCGAGGACGGUCACAAAGAUGGUGUGUUGUUGUCGAAGAAUGUUGGAAGUAGUAGCUUUCAAGCUAAGACAUUUAUAAGUGCCAUAGCAGCUAUGAAUUUGGUUGGAACCAACAUGGCGGGGGCUGUAAGUGCAAAGAAUAUAACGGAAGGAGUCGCUUCUGUUUAUAAUUUGGCUGAUGGAGGUCUUGGAGAUUUGUUUGGAGGUUUCCUAUAUUCAGCUGGACAGCAGGCUAAUGAAGCUGUCCAAGACCAGUUAUCGGCUCUCAGUUUUACUAGUUUGGCAGUUAUCUUUGGGGCUGGGCUUGUGACCAGCCUUUCUCCUUGUACACUAAGCGUCUUGCCACUGACUCUAGGUUACAUUGGAGCAUUUGGUUCUGGGAAAAGUAGAGCAGAGAUCAUUGGGGAUUCAAUUGCAUUCGCAUUGGGAUUGGCAACUACACUAGCGGUCCUAGGCAUAGCUGCCUCAUUUGCUGGAAAGGCAUAUGGACAGAUAGGGCAGGGAUUACCUGUGGCUGCUUCUGGAUUAGCUGUUCUUAUGGGUCUAAAUCUCCUUGAGAUAAUUGAAUUACAACUCCCUUCAUUUUUUGACAAUUUUGAUCCCCGUGCUGCAGCUGCUAACUUCCCUUCAAGCGUGCAAGCAUAUCUAGCCGGGCUUACAUUUGCUUUAGCUGCCUCACCUUGCAGCACACCGGUAUUAGCCACUCUGCUAGGAUAUGUAGCUGCAUCCAAGGAUCCAGUUAUAGGGGGCAGCCUACUGUUGACAUACACAACUGGCUAUGUUGCUCCUCUACUUCUUGCUGCUUCUUUCGCUGGAGCAUUGCAGAGCCUGCUUUCAUUUCGCAAGUUCUCAGCAUGGAUCAACCCAAUCAGUGGCGCCCUUCUGUUAGGAGGGGGUGUUUAUACUUUCUUGGAUAGGCUUUUUCCAGUAACGACGAUGGCAAUGUAGAGAGUUGCUUGUUGAUAUGUAUGGGAAAAAAUAAAGGAAAUUAAGUAAAGUAGAAGUAAUGUGAGGACAUCGUCACGUUAAUAAAUAAUAAUAAUUCUUACAGUGACAUUAUUAUUGGUU